GAUUGAUCGGAAUAGAUAAGGGGACUCCUUUUAAAGGGAAACAGGUGAUUAUUUGCAUCGUUCGUAGGAAAAACUCAGCAAAACCUAGAGGAAUCGGCGUGGCUUGGGUGAAGAAGCGGGAUCAUGAGUGGGUGUCCAUUCCGAGGGAAUAAACCGAUACAUCCAAUUCCUUCAGACGUGCAGGAAAACUAUGACACAUCACAAGAUGGAACGAACAAAGCUAGUAAAGGUGGAUUGAUAUAUGUGGACUACCUCCAGUUGGAUAAAAUAAUCAACGCACAAGAACUACAGAGUGAAAAGAAGGGAAAUAAAAUACACGAUGAACACCUUUUUAUUGUAACCCACCAAGCUUAUGAAUUGUGGUUCAAGCAGAUUCUUUGGGAAUUGGAUUCAGUUCGGGAAAUAUUUCAGAAUGGUCAGGUAAGAGAUGAAAGAAAUAUGUUGAAGGUGGUCUCAAGAAUUCAUCGAAUUGCGAUGAUCCUUAAACUCCUAGUGGAUCAGUUUGCAGUUCUGGAGACAAUGACAGCUUUGGAUUUCUUUGAUUUCAGAAAUCAUUUAGUACCUGCAUCUGGAUUUCAGAGCCUACAAUUUCGCCUUCUAGAGAAUAAGAUUGGUGUUCCAGAGAAUCUGCGAAUUCCUUGCAACAGAAGGCACUAUAGGGACAACUUCAAAGGGAAGGAUAAUGAGUUACUACUUAGAUCUGAGCUGGAACCUACGCUCUUGCAACUCGUUGAGCAAUGGCUAGAGAGGACUCCUGGACUUGAACCUGAUGGGUUUGAUUUCUGGGGCAAAUUGAAAAUCAACAUUGAAAGAGGACUGAGAGAAGAAUUCACAGAUAUUCAGUCAAAGCCUGCAUUUGAGGAGAAGGAAGAUAUGCUCUUGGAACUUAACAAACAAAAGGAAGUGCUCACAUCACUGUUUGAUGAAAAGCGUCAUGAACAUCUGUUGAGUAAAGGUGAACGGAGAGUAUCAUACAAAGCAUUGCAAGGGGCUCUCAUGAUCUACUUCUACAGAGAAGAACCACGUUUCCAGUUGCCAUUCCAGUUACUGAAUGCACUCAUGGAUGUUGAUGCACUUAUGACUAAAUGGAGAUAUAACCACGUUUGUAUGGUGCAAAGGAUGAUUGGUGGUAAAGCUGGCACUGGUGGAUCAUCUGGUUAUCAAUAUUUACGUUCUACUAUGAGCGAUCGAUACAAAGUAUUUGUUGACCUGUUUAAUCUUGCAACCUUCUUGGUCCCAAGACAUUGGAUUCCAAAGCUGACAUCGUCAAUCCAUAAAUUCCUCCACACUGCAGAGUGCUGUGAUAGCUCAUACUUCAGCAGUGAAGAAUCUGAUUGAAGUCAAGAUCAGCUCAAUGUUUUACAUGAAAUAUUAUUCAGAAAGGAAAGUACACAAUGUUCAAAAUAUUCAAAGUUUUUAAUGUCUCCUUUUUCUCAAAUAAGUCACUUGUACAUUAUCCAGCAAGACAGAGAAAGAUUUUGGGGUAAAUCUUGAAUUGUGUGAGAGUGAAAUGCAGGUGAUAACAAAUUGAGAACCCAUUUUACAUCUUCCCUGAUUUUUAUUUCUGUUGAUUAUCUUAUACAGUCAAUGUAAUCUGCUUGUCUAGCAUCCAGCUAAAUGCUGGUAGAUGUAGCUGGUUUCUUGUACCAAGUUUCACAAAUAUUCAUAAACCCCUAUUUACGUUAUAUAUUUAAGUAGAGUAUGUAAAAUUAUCUUCAUUCUUUAAUUGAUGCAUGCUCUUAAAUUAAGGUUAUAUUUCAAAAACUAUUAUUAAAGGGCAUAUUGCUUCUGAAAAUUAAUGGACAAGCCUUUUCACAAAAGUACUGUAAAUAUGAAGAGUGAUAUAAAUGUGAUCAAAAGGUCUUGUGUUUGAUAAAGGUCUCAUUCUAUCUGUGUCAUUCCAGUCACCUCUCCACAAAAUGGUAAUAAUUAAGCAAAUCUAAACACAUUUUAAGGUUGAAUGAUUAUUGUUAAGCUACAUAAUGUGAAUCAAAAUUCAUGUAAUAUUUUAAAAUAUAUUGAUAUUUUUCAGGUGGUGUUGAAAUACUGGCCUAACAUUGAUUAGCGGAUGUCCUGUCUACUAUUCUGCCUUUAUUUUGCAAACCACAAUUCAGCUCCACUUCUCAUCUCCAUGGAACUUCUCACCUAGUUUGUACAGCUCCUCUGACCCCCCCCCCCUCCACUUCUCAUCACAUCGGUUUUACAACCAUCUGUCCUAGCUUACUGUACCAUAUCCUUCAUUCUGACAUCUCAACAUCCACCUGCUUCUUGACAUCCAACCCAUCACAGGUAGUUACUCUUUUAGCUGUCUUCUUCUGGAAUUCCCUCUUCAGUAAUCUCCUGAAAGACUAUUCACCUUGUUGCAAUUUAAAGCAUUUUAAUUCCCUUUUCCAGUUCUCCUGGUUGCUUGUGUACUUGUUUGUCUACCGAUAGGAGUGCUAAUUGCAUCAUUGUAAACAAAACUGAAACGUUGAAACCAAUGUAAUAUUUUGUUAAACCAGUUAAAAUAUUUAAGUUGGUAUUAUAAAUCAAUUCAUAUAAAUAAGUUAUUUUAAAUCAAAUGAAUUAUUCAUUUGUGUUUACCGACAAUAUUUUUUUUACUGUGAUCAUUACUUCCGUAAGUAGAUCUUUACAAAUUUGCAGUAUGAUGCAGCUAUUCUAUAAACAUGACUACUUUUAUAAACAAAGCUUGCAUCAGUCUGAAAGGUAUUUGAUGUUGAAGGCACAUUGUGUUUUUUAAAUUGUGUUCUUGCCAUCCAACAAAAACUUGGAAAACCUUUUCAGAUAAUGGAAGGUCUGAUGAAAGUUCAGGGACCUGAAGCAAUUCUGUUUCUCUCUCCAUAGAUGCUGCCUGACCUGCUGAAUACCUCCAGCACUUUCUCUUUUAGUUUCAUAUGAUUGGCCAGCUCGCAUUGGUUCUGAUCAUUGCCUGUACUAGCUCUAUAGGUACACUAAACCUUUGCAACUGUGAAGCUCCCUGCACGUUGCUGGGAUCACUGCCACAGUCCUUCCACAACAUACAGCAGUGACAAGGCUGUAGGCAGCAGAGACAAUACUCCCAAUAUGGACUACCUUAAAGCCACCUGAAAGUUCCAAGGAUAGAAUUUUUUUUUUGAAACACUCACAAAAAGUGAAGAAAUUAAAAACUGAAAAAAAUUUACAUAAAAGAACAUGAGAAUGCUGUUAGGUAAUAGAAAACAUAUGUUGAAAUGAAAAAAAUAUCUUUUUCCAAAUUUCAACAAAAGUGGUCCCAUUCAAAUGAAUGUGCUUGGUUGGUGUGAAGGUGAAAGGCCAGAUAUACAGGAUCACCCCAGCAAUAUGGUUAGACCUGUUUUGAAAAACAGAAGAAGCAAUGUGUGGGGGCCAAGUUCAGGAGCCCUUGAAGAGAGCCGAGGGAAAACUCUGUGUGAUUAAACCUUGCUGGUUGUUUUCAACGCAGGCAUCAUGCCAAGUUGGUGCUGCCUGCUCUUUUGCAUGAUUGGUUCAUACAAACAAUUCUAACCUUGGUGGUCACUUGCUGCACUUUUCAGCAGGGCACCAAUAUUGAGUGGUCAACAGUCAGGUCUACUCCACCAUUUGAUACUAGCAUGGCUGAUGCUAUCAAGAUCAUAUUCCUCUCUCCCUAUACACUGUGGUUUUGUGGUCUAGCAAUCAGUCUAUCUCCUCAAACGUAUUCAGCAGCUUGACUUCUUUGAACCUUCUGUGGUCACUGAAAUUGUUUUCCUUGGUCCUAAAUGUCCUUUAGGGGCCAAGCCACUGAGCUUUGCAGUAUGCCACUGGUCACCGCCUGCCCCCCCCCCCCCAAGGAAGUUCCAUUUAUUUCUACUUGAUUUUAUGUCUGUCAACCAAUUUUAAAUCCAUGCCAGUACAUUACUCCCAAAGCCUACUUGUUUUAACUUUACACACUAACCAUAUAUUUGGGAGUUAAUCAAAUGUCGAUUGAAAAUCCAGAUAUAUCACAUCCACUGGUUCUCUCUUAUCUAUAAAGAAUCAGAGGAGUCAAGGAUCCAGUUCUACUCAUUACAUCCUCAAAUAAAAAACAAGUGUUUUUCCAAACAUGAUUUCCCUUUUGUAAGUCCAUGACCUUGUCUCAUCCCAUUGCUAUUUGCUAAGUAUUCUACUAUUACAUCCUUAGAACAUAUUCUAGCAAUUUCUCCAUUUAGGAGGAAGUAGACCGGUCUAUAUUUCCCUGUUUACUCUCUCUCUUUUUAAGUAGUGAGCUUUCUGACAGUAAGGAACCUACAUUUGUCUUCACAAAUCUUUUCUGUUUACAUACUUGUAGAAUUAUUUACAAUCCACUUUUAUGUUUCUUGCAAAGUUGAUCCAAUACUUUCCUUUCUAGUCAAACUCUUGAUCCCUUUUUGCUGAAUUCUAAACUGCUCCUAAACCUCAUGUCUAUAACAUUUUGUUUUUUUGGCAGCUUGAUAUGCCUUCACUUUGGAUCUAAUGCUAUCUUUAACUUCUUUGGAAGCCAGGAUUGGAUUGCUUUCCCUUUUGCAUUUUUGCUGCAGAAAGGAGUGUUUAACUCUUGCAGCUCCUGCAUUUGUUCCUUAAAUAUUAGACACUGCCUGUCCACUGACAUGCCUUUUGAUGAAGCUUCCCAAUCAUUCAUUGCCAAUUCACUGCUCAUACCUUCGAAGUUUCAUUUGGCUAAACUUAGAAUUUCAGUUUUGAAUUGAACUUAUUUGAAGAAUUCUAUUGUGUUAUGAUCAGUCAUCUCUAAAGGAUCUUACACAACAAGAUUAUGAAUUAGCCCUUUCUCACUGCAGAACAGCUAAUCUGGGACAGUCUGCUCCCGAUGCCCUGGUCUAAAAAAAUGCUUCGUACACAAAGUGGAGAUGUAUUGAGAAUAAGUAGAGGUGCAUAGCUUCUGGGACAGAUGCUGGCGAGGCAUUCUGCAAUUGAAGCUGACCUAAAAAUUAUAAGGAAUUGCACUGAAUGGGAGGAAGCAGGCUACACAUUCUUGAAUGCUGCACUGAGGUGCACUAGUGGUAUGCGACAGUAUCACUUUCAUAGUAUCCAUGCUUCAAAUGCACAUGGGCCACACACUCGUGUCACAAGACAAAGUGGAUGGAUCUGUUGCCCCAUAGCAACCACUGCAGAAAUGUCUCCCUACUUAAAACUAUUCUCCCCUUCCUCCUGUGUUUUCUUACAGCUUGUCUUAUUUCCCCAAUCACAUUGCUGUCCAAGGAAAAUGCCAAAAAAUUUGGGAGAAAUUAUAUUUUUUUUGGUUUUAAACAGAAAUCCUGAAUUCGUGUCAAAAUCCUUCACUGCCUAACAUACUUGCUUCUUGUUCAGGGCAGAGUGAUCCUACUGGCUAUCGUGGAAAAGGGAAAGACGGCCUAAAUUUAGGGCACAUUUUCUAGCCUUCCUCCCAUGGAUGGUGAGCAGAAGGAACCCUAAAAAGGACUGUUCAACGACAGUAGCAGCUGUAAAAAUGCACUUGUCACAAUUCAGUUGCAAGGUCCCUCGCUAACCUCCACUUCCCACGUUUAAAUUUGUAGCUGUAGAUGAUCAGAAUCACAGGUUCUGUCCACUAGCUUCCCAUUGUAGGGAAUGAAAAAUUGGUCAAGGCUAUUGUGGUAAAUCCAAACUGUGACUACCAUUCACAAAAUGAAAAAAACAGUGUAGCUGCUCCUAAUUUUAUUGGUUGUGGACAUGUGCAUGUUAGAGUCAGCAAUUAUGAAACACAAAACUCUGCAAAUUGUGCUACAGUGAUUAAAGCUGAUGAUUUCUUUAGAAACUUAAGCUUCAUCAAAAAUAGAAAUGUUUGGUAACCUUAUUAUAGGUUGUAAAUACAGUGCAGUGUCUGAAUAAACUACAAGGUUAAGGGAACAAUUGUUCACAAUAAGUUUGUAAAUCUGAAUUUGUUUUAGGCAUUGGGACAAAUCUCCCCUCAAUAUUUGCGUGGAUCUGCCAGCAGAUAUGUCUGUAACUAGCCAAUUCCUGAGCAGAUGCUGCACAGCCUUCUCUCGGUAGAUGUGAGCAUUUUGUCUUUCACUGCAUGAGUGCUUGUUGGAGGCCAAGCUCCAAGCCAUCAACAACUUGAUCUUGCUAUAUUACAGUGUCCCCCCAACAAAAAAAGGUCCAUAAUGAGACCUAAGAAACAAGGACCAUUUCCCAUAACUUAGGAGCCUCCUCUUAAUGAAGGUACCAUCUGGCCAUCUAGCCCUUGGCCAUCUGAGGAACAGAAUGUUUGAAAAUCUAGCCUUCUAACCUAUGAUAAACAUGGUUACCAGAUAGCAGUGGCCCAUAUCCUCCUGCUGGCUUCUGAAAUAUGGACUACCUGCAGAGGCACCAAAGAACUGGAAAAUUACCACCAAUGCCUAGAUCCUCCUCCAAAUAAAUGAACCAACAUCAGUAUUUUCUCCUAAGUCAACAUCCCCAUCAUUAAAGACCUAAUUACACUCAUUCCUAAAACAGACCUCUACCCUGAACUCUGUCAUGGCAAAGCAUUACCAAGUGCCAGAAAACAUGAUUCAAAAAUGUUCUCUAAGCCUCCUUGAGAAAGAGUAAUAUCACCAGUGACUGAGAGGAAUCAUUGGCCCAAAGUGAGAGAGGAGCAGAAAAAACAGGUCCAGGCACAGGCCAGUCAGCCCUCGAGCCUGUUCCACUGCUCAUGGUUGAUCCAAUCCCGGCCUCAAUCACCACUCUCCCCCUUGUGGUCUUUUCUGCAUUGGAGAAACCAAAUGCAAAUUGAGUGACCACUUUACAGAGCACCUGCAUUCAAUCCCUUGGGGGCUACCUGCCAGUUUAAUGCUCCAUUCCUCUCCCACUCUGAGAUUUCUGUCUGUGCCCUCCUGCACUGUUAUAACAAAGCCCAAUGCAAGCUUGAGGAACCCCUCAACAGCAGGAUAUAGAUCAGUUGGAAAGCUGGGCGGACCAUUGGCAGAUGGAAUUUAAUCCCGCCAAGUGCAAGGUGAUAUAUUUUGGGAAGUCAAGUAGGGAUAGGACAUAUACAGUGAAUGGUAGGGCAUCGAGGAAUGUUGCUGCAGAGAAACUUAGGGGUCCAAGUCCAUAGUUCCCUGAACAGUGGUGACACAGGUGGAUGAGGUGGUGAAGCAGGCAUAUGGCAUGCCUGCCUUCAUAGAUCUGAGCAUAGAAUAUAAGAGUAGGGACAUUACGUUGUGACUUUACAAUACACUGGUUGGGCCAAACUUGAAGUAUUGUGACCAUUUCAGGCCACCACACUAUAGGAAGGAUGUGCUUGCGCUGGAGAGUGUGCAGAGGAGAUUUGCCAGGAUGCUACCUGGAUUGGAGGACUCUAGUUAAGGGGAGAUAUUGGAUAGGCUAGGCUUGUUUUCCCUGGAGCAAAGGAGGCUGAGGGGUACUCGACAGAAGUAUGUAAGAUUAUGAGCAGAAUAGAUAGGGUAGGUAGUCAAAAAAUCUUUUUCGCAUGGUAGGGAUAUCAAAGAUAAGAGGGCAUAGGUUUAAGGUGAGAGCUAGGAGUUUUAAAGGGGAUCUGAAGGGCAAGUUUUUUCUUACACAGAAAGUGGUUCUGGAUCUUUAUUCCUUGGAGCAUAGAAUGAGAGAUGACAUGGAAGAUUAUAAAAUCAUGAGGGGUAUGGAUAAGGUGGAGGGUCAUAGUCUUUUCGCCAUUGUUAGGGAGUCCAAAACUAGAGGACACAGACACAAGAGGGGAGAGAUUUAAAAAAGACCUGCAAGAUAACUUCUUUACAGAGGGUAGUGAGUGUCUGGAAUGAGCUGCCAGAGGAAGUGGUCAAGGCAGGUACAGUUGCAACAUUUAAGAGGCAUUUGGAUAGGUACGCAGAGAGGAGGAGCUUGGAGUGUUAUGGGCCAAACAUGGGCAACUGGGACUAGCAGGGAGGAUGCUGUGGUUGGCAUGGACCAUUGGGCCGAAGGGCCUGUUUCUGUGCUGUAUUACUCUAUGACUCCAUAUCCGGAACAUUCUGCUAGAGGAGGUGGUGGAAUCAGACACAAUUACUUUGUUUAAGAGGCAUGUAGACAUGUAUUUACAUAGGCAAGUCACACAAGGAUAUGGUCCUAAUGCAGGCAAGUGGGAUUAGUGUAGAUGGGCAAAACGGUCAGCAUGGAUAUCAUGGGCCAAAGGAAAUAUCAGGUAACCCACACCCCUUCUGUUCCUUCUCCAAUCCCACCACCAAUUCACUCAAACUCUCCGUUCCUUUGUUCACCUUUUCCAUACCUCCCCCCCUUUGUUGCCUAGACUUGUUACCCUCCCAAAUGCUCACCCAUCAUGCACAUACCUACCUGGGCUUCUUCUCAUUUA